AUUUGAGCCAAAGAAACCCCAGUUAUCACAAUUUUUAAGUCUUUCUUGGUUCAGUAUGUCAUAUCUGUACGAUGUAAAUGUCUUGCGUGUAAUCUUGACUUAAGCAUUUGUCUGAACUGUCUCUUUAAGCCAUCCUUUUUAACCCCCAGUGGUUCAAGCAGAGGGUUCAAAAAGAAGAUAGCGGCCCUAAUUACGUCACGCCCCCUCGGCCCUUUUUUCCUGCUCGUAUAAACGUACGCUGUCCUCUUUUUAACGUACCAGUUGAUUCCCAUUGAAAGCAAAGCGCGACUUGUCAAAGCGCAGCUUUGAACACGUUGACCAGCGCAGAGCAGCAGCAGCAGUACUGGCGCAGGGGAAGACGGAGAGCCGACAGCCUCAUCUUAGGAUAGGAUUCAUAUUAUUUCUCUUCGCUGGAAUAACUGGGCUUCUUGUGAUAUUUGCCGGUUCGUUGGGAAUCGGCCGCACUACGGUACGGAGCCGUUAUAUAAGGCGAAUAACGGACAGUGAUGGUGCUGUACGUACGUUACAGCUUAGCGGCACAAUAAUCGCAUGUGCUGGCUCGACUUGGCGCUAGGAAGGCGGCAGAAACGUUAGAACGGCCUUUGAAUUCGUUUAUGUAUGUGUGCUACAUCUCGUUUUAGGUUAAUUCAUUCAAGUAGCUUGGUUGCAUGGAAACUGCUGCCAAUGUUGGCCCAUUCACUAUUGUGCUCGUAUGAUUUAACUUAGCUAGGCGGCUAACCAGGACGCGCUGCUGCCGCUGAGGAGCCCGUGUGCGUAGCGGAAUGAUGAUCCGGAGAAACCUCUUCCAGACAGGCGAUAAGGGCUCAGAUUAAUUGUGAAAACCCUAUGAAAUAAUUGGUUUGUGUGUUUUGCAAAUACAGCCACACAGUCGAUGUAUCUGAAUAGACCAGGUGGGGCCUGUAGUCGUUUAUAAAACUAUACCGAACGCGAAGAAUGGACCCGUGUCUUAAUUUGGACAACAAAGAAUUAGGCUACUGAGGAGUAAGCUGGUUAGAUAAGAUUGUUUUAGCGUUUUUACGUGAGCUAGCAAGCUGUACGACGGAUUAGACACACAGUCUGAACUGUUCUCCUCCCUACAUUCCCUCUGUCCGUCAACUGGAGUAUUUUUCUUGGGAUUCGACGUUUUUUGUUCUCAGCGCCGCACCACCAUGAGCAGUCACGCCGGGGACACCGGAGCGGUGGAAGUGGAGCCCAUGCCGGGAUACUUGGACCUCAUCACCAAAGCCUCCACCGUAAUGCUGGGCGCAUGGAGAGACUGUAGUACUUGCGGUCUGGAGCUCUCCAAACGGACUCUCCUGGAUAACGCAUACAUCACCGUGACCGAAGUCGCCCUGUUUUUCUUCUGCGCCUUUUUGUGGACGCAGAUCAGACGGGGAUUGACAGCAAGUCUGUUUAAUCCUCUAGCACAUUGGUGGAAGCUGCUGCCCAAAGAUGCAGCCAAGAUGCCGGAGAGCGCGUGGAAGCUGGUCUUCUACAGCAUGUCGUGGUCAUACAGCACCUACCUGCUCUUCUUUACCUCCUACUCCUUUUUCCAUGACCCACCCUCUGUCUUCUACAACUGGAAGAGUGGUAUGUCAGUGCCUACAGACAUCGCCAUAGCCUACCUGAUCCAGGGCAGCUUCUAUGGCCACUCCAUCUAUGCUACAAUCUACAUGGAUGCGUGGAGGAAGGAUUCAGCUGUCAUGGUGGUGCACCACAUCAUCACACUGGCGCUCAUUAGCUUCUCCUACGCCUUCAGAUAUCACAACGUAGGGAUUCUGGUGUUGUUCCUCCAUGACAUCAACGACAUCCAGCUGGAGUUCACCAAGCUCAAUGUAUACCUGAAGUCCAGAGGAGGAGGCUAUUAUCUGCUCAACGACGUGCUGUCCAACAUGGGCUCUGUCAGCUUCAGCAUCACUUGGUUCUGGUUCCGUCUCUACUGGUUCCCUCUCAAAGUACUGUAUGCUACAUGUGUGUCCAGCCUUCAGUCUGUCCCUAGCAUCCCCUUCUACUUUUUCUUCAAUGCUCUUCUCCUGGCGCUGCUGCUCAUGAACAUCUACUGGUUCCUGUUCAUUGUGAUUUUCGUGGUGAAGGUGCUGAAAAUGAAGGAGGUGAACGAUGUCAGGGAGUACGAGGACGAAGACGGUAGCAUGGUGGCAGCGGGCCUCAGAGACUCUCUGGCAGAAAACAACGAUGAUGGUGCUGGACAUCACAUCUCUGCCCAGGGGAAGCACGUGCAGAACGGGAUCACCAAGGACAAGCAUCUAUAACAGGCUCUCCGUCGCCACCACCUGGCACAAGACUCCAAGUACAAGGAAGACACGAUGCCCUCCAUAGAUGGCUCAGGCUCAAAAGGUGGCUGAAAGGAGUGUCACAAAUAGAAAAAGAAAGGAAAAUAGUAAGUUAGGCUGAAAGUUUUUACUUUUUUUGUUUGUUUUAGAACAUUUCAUUUCAUCAUUGUCAUUUUGUUUUCAGUUUUAUUUUUAUUAGAGCACUGUGAAUGUUAUUUCAGGUGACUUUUUGUCUUAUGGUUGCUAACUUUACAUUUGAUAGGUUGAGUAGAAACAAACCAGUCUGCGUGAGAAUUGGACUGUUAUUAUCACGUGCCACCAUCAUGGUGGCACCCAGACAAGGGAUGGCUUAGACCUGUAGCGGUUCUGUAGAAAGAUUUAGACCUACAGCAACCUUUAGCAAACGGAUAAACAAUAAGGGUGACCUGUGUUUGUCAUCAGUGAUAUAUGUUUCCUUACGAAAUCCUUUCCCCCUUUAUCCAUCCUCUGUCCAUCCUCUCUGACUCCAGACAUGAAGUGAAAAGGUUGAGAAAAAAAAAAAACAUGAUUCAAAAGGGAAACACUGUGUUGUUGUUAAGAAUCGCUCUUGUGAGAGCCUGCCUGGCAUUGUCUGGUGCUGUUUCACCGCACGUAUCCACUUUCAUUUCAUUGCGCAAGCCAUUGGUGGUGGCUGCACAGCUCUGACCCCCUGCGUCCUGUAGUUUGAAGCGAAAACCCACGUCGGUGUGUGUAUGUGCAUGUGUUAGGAGUUUCAGGAUGAGGGGAGUAUGGAUGUAGCUGACACUUUUAAACCUGAAAUCCUUCGUUCCACAACAUCUCACCUCUCAGUUGGAUUUCUUUUAUUUUUUUUUAUCUCUCAUACUAACGAUCAACAGGUAAUGGGAAUAUUCACUUGACAUUCUUGUACAGAAAAGUUUUUUUGUUUGUUUUUUUUUUUUUGUCUUUGUGUUGCAAAGCAUCUGUUGCUGCACUGACAUGAAGGCAUACAAGCUGAUUGCUAGUUUAAUGACAGCAAAUAGCUAGAAUUGAUUGGGUUUCAGCAUCAUCCUCAUGAUUUAAUUUGUUGAAACAUUAUGAAUUUGAAUAAGAUUUAUAACCAGUUCGUAGGUGGUGGCGGCUGUUGGGUUCACAGAUAAUUGGAACAAUAGCCCAGAACUUGUGUAAAGAUAAAAAUCAGUACGAUAAAAACAUUAUGUAUGCACACAUUAUGGUAUUCAGGAAUGCAUGACAUUGAAUGAUUUUGGAAAUAUGCUAUGAAGUUGUCUUACAAAUGGUGAAGAGAAAAUCCUCUCACUAUGUAAUCAUAAUAUCUUUAUUAAUGUCCUAAAAUCUUUUGCGAAGCAGCCAUGACCACUGAACACACAUAAUGUUGACACUCAUUAAGAUGUUGAAAGGCAUGAGAUCGAAAUCUUAUUAUGUCCCCGAAAUCCCACAUGAUGUCAUCUGUAAUUCGACCAUAUUAAAUUAAACAGCUGAAAGGGACCUAUUUCACCCCAGUGGUUUUCGCUGGAACACACUGGUUUGCUUUGUGUGUGUGCUAGUGGAAACGGCUGCUGCAGAGCUCUAUUAAAUAAGGGAUUUUUCUAUUCUUGCCGUCUCGAUCAAAUUCAAGCUCUUGUUUCGAUGAACAGCAUGCUUGUGCUGCUGGAGAAGGCACAGCACAGAUGUCGUCAGUCUGUCUGUAGGAGAAAUGUCUGUCUCCUUUAGUUUAUCAGUUUGUCUUCCACAAUCAGCUUGUCAACACUUGAGGAAGUUCAAACUGAUUUUUAAUUUUACAUAAAGCUAUCACUAUUAUUGCUAUAGAUCAGAUUAUUAAUGGUGAUUUGUUUUUUGGAAUUGCUGCUGUUUUUUUUUCUUGAUUUAUUGUUGUUGUUUUUUUUCCUCUGAGAGCACUGUUGGUAUUCCAGUUGUAUUGUUUUGUUUGUUUUUUUUUCUGCUGUGUAUGAGUCAGUGAUAGUCUGCUCAGUCCAGAUGUUUCAAGGGACCAGGGAGAGUCUGUAAUCUUCCUCUACAUCUGGAUUUUGUCUCAGAUCUCUUCCUUUUAGUCUGAAUGCUGGCUCACAACCAUUUUAUUAUUGUCAUUACACACCUGUACUGUAAGUAACAUUGUUCAUGGGACAUGUUGCUGUAUGGAAUUUAUCAGACAUUCAGAAUCCUGUGGAUGACCGGUUUUGCUCGCAUUCUGAUAUAGCGGGAAGUGACCUCCGGGGUCCUUGUUCAACUGUGAGACUAGCUCUUUCAUAGUCUGCUGAUAUUUUUUGUUAUAUGACGACAGAUGGCAGAGGAGUGUAGUUUGUAGUAAACCAUCAAAGACUCUUCCCUCAAGUCUGGUAUGGUACUGUGUGCAAAAGGUGCACCUUCACCUCUCUCCCACUGGGUCAUACUACAAACAGUCCUGAGAUGUGAUGUGUGAACGUGUAACUGCUACUAGGGGUGGGCGAUGGGAUGUAAAUCAAUGAGUUGAUACCAUUCAGCCAACGGUAAUACUGGAUUCUCUAUUUUUGCCUCUAAAGUUUUGGGUUCUACCAGCUGUGCACUAGAUAACGCUUUGUUCACUUUUCAGAAAAUCAGUUAAAACAUCAUGUAUAUCAGUAUCAUAUGAAGGAUUUUAUCCAUGUUGCCCACCCCUAACUACUACCUAGGAGGGACAAAGCUAUCUGAAAUUGAAGGGAAAAAAACGUUUGUCUGUCUGUUUGUUUUCCUUGUAUGAAUUUGGCUGACUCUUAUUUAAACUUUGCAUACAUCAUACAGUUUAGGUCACAUUUGUUUGAAGUGGUUGGGAACAGGUUGCAUGUGAAGCUCACUUCAGUCAGGCAACUCAUCUGGACCAGAAAUUUGUGAACAUGCAGAUUUGAUGUUUCGAUGUCUGCCCAUUUGCAUUCACCAGUAAACAGCCUCAAUAGGCUUGCCGCAUCUUGUUUGCAUACGUGUAAGAGCAGUGCAGAGGAGAUCAGGGAGUGACGGUGAAAAGGUAAAGCAGUAUUUGCAAACUAAUCAGUAACGCAACAACAUUAUUGGGGCCACCUCGUUGUGAAGUCUCCAACAGAUUUGUGUCAUGGCAAGUAGAGUAUGAAGUAUUUGGUGUCCCGUCACUUUUCAUUUGCAUAUACUAAAACCAGCAGAGAAAUUUAGGGAGUGACAAUGAAAUUGUCAGUGUUUGCAAACUAACUGGUAAAGCAGCAGCAUUGAUAUGGCUUCCUUGUGGAAUAGGCUGCAGUGGAUUUAUGUUGCAUGCGAACAUGACCUUGUUACUAACAUUGUGAUCUACAUAGAAAUUUAGGGAGUAAUGACAGGAGAAGCAGUGUUCAUGAACUGAGCAGGACAGUUUUAAAGGCUUCAGUGAGUACAGUAUGGGACAUAUUUGGCAUUUAGGUUUUGACCUUGGCACUCGUCAUUCGCAUACAUUAAGGUGAGCAGCUACAAAGAUCGGGGAGACAUUGAUGGGACCACUGGAUUGCAGAUGUUUUUCCCCAAAACGGCUCACACACGGGCUUAGCUCCAUCAUGACACGAAGUAUCUUCACGAGUGGUUUGACUGUGCCAAAAAUGUCCACCCAAAUCGUGAGUGGGUGUUUGUGGGAGGUGGUGAUGAGCAAAGACGAGAACUAGUAGAAGAACUGCGGGCAGAAAAGCCCUGCAGGUAUUUCUUAUUAAUUGCACUGUAAUUUAUUAGUAUUAUUUUUAUUGUUCAUGAGUAGAUCAAAAUUAGAAAAAGGGAAGGGAGAAUUUGGGAAUUUUUAUGAUAUCCUGAGAAGAAUCAGUAACAAAAUAUGACCGUGUAUUUUACUGAUAUAUUUUUUUUUGGACCCUUGAUACAUGCUGAAAGUGAUACAAAUUGCCCCAUUUUUUAUUUUUUUCAGAUUGAAUCUGACCACUUGAUAGACACGUACUUGCUCUUUUGUAAUGCAAUUUUAAUACCAUUCAGCCAAUGUUAUCAUUUCAUUUUUUCCCAUAAAAUAAAACAUGUCAGUAAACAACAGACGUGCUUCUUGUGAUUUUUUUUUUUCCCCAAUUUAUUUUUAAUCACAACUGAUAUCAUUUUCAUUGCAAAGAUCAAGUGUUGUGGAUGAGGUGAAAACAGAGUUCAGACCAGAGGAGAGUUCAUUUCAGUGCACAAAUGAAAACGAACUGUUUCAAUAAAUUAACAAUUCAUAUGAACCCACACAGUAUUUCCCUCGUGAUGGUAAAAUUUAAAAAAAAAAAAAAAAAAAGACAGAAAAAAAGAAUCGGUGCGGAUGGUGGA